AUGAACGAUAGCAAAGUCAACAUUGUCUUUAUAGGGGCGGGUGCUGUCGGAUGCUUCUACGCUUCAAGGUUACAUCACCCCGAAAAUGGCCUCCAUGUAUCGCUGGUUGCCAGGUCAAACUACAAGGCCAUGGAGCAGUCGGGCGUUCAACUGAAGACGCGCACGUUUGGCGACUACACGUUCCAACCCGAGUCGGCGUACCCAUCCGUCCAAGCUGCCGCUGAGGCCGAGGGCGGUUGGGACUUUAUUUUUGUGACGACCAAAGCGUUGCCAGAUGUCAGCAAUGACUCAGAAAUGAUCUCGCCCCUCGUGGGCUCCAAGUCGUGCAUAGUUUUGAUUCAGAAUGGUGUUGGGGUGGAGGAGCCCUUCAGGAAGAGGUUUCCUCACACGCCCAUUGUGAGUGCCGUGACCAUUGUCAGCGCAGAGCAGAUAUCUCCCGGCGUAAUAAGACAGAACCGGUGGACGAGGGUCAGCAUCGGCCCCUUUACAGAUGGCCUGGGUAAGACGGGGAACGCCGAGCUCGAGCGCCGUGGGCAUCGGGCAACGGAGGACCUGACGAGAUGGUGGACCGAUCUGGGCGGCGUUAAGGACGUAGAGCCCCAUGACGAGAUUGGCCUGCAGACUGUGCGCUGGCACAAGCUGUGCAUCAAUGCUGCCAUGAACCCCUCUGCUGUUCUGUCUGGUGGGCGUGGGAAUGCCUCCAUGGUCACCGACCCAGAGCUACGGCAGCACCUUGCGGGUGUCAUGCACGAGAUAUGGGACGCAGCGCCCAAGAUACUGGGGAGGCCAUUCCCAGACAGCAUGGCACAGCCUGAAAGGAUCUUGAAGAGCACGGAGCGCAACGUGGGUGCGAGGCCGAGUAUGCUUCUGGAUUGGGAAGCAGGACGACCCAUGGAAAUCGAGGUCAUUCUGGGCAAUCCUGUGAGGAUAGCUUGGGAGAGGGGUGUCGAGAUGCCGAGGUUACAGACGCUGUAUGCUUUGGUAAGGUCGGCGCAGGAAAUGAGGAAGCAGGCUGUCAAGGGCAAGCUGUGA